CUAGUUAUAUACAAAGAUGAUACGACGGAGUAUAUGAAUUUGGGGUGUUUAGAUUCCCAAAUGUGUGGGGGAAAAAAUGCACACCCUCACUGCUUUCAACUCCUGUGGAUUUCUUCCCAAAUUUCCUCACCAUACAAGUCCAAAUCACUCUGUACCUAAAACAUUUUGCUGUAUGAGAAAACAAAGCAAAACAAGUCUGAGAAACACUUUGCGGCCAACCCUCUUUCUCUCCCUUUUCGGAUCAGGUUUCUUGUUGGGUCCCCUAAUUGAUGGAAUUCAUUCCAGGGUAAAUCUUGUGUUAUACCAAAACGGGUCGAUCGAAAUCGGUCCGCUUCACACAAACAUCUGGGUUCCUCCUUUACUUGGAUUGUUCUACUGCACUGUUGGGUUGCUGCAACUGUUUUUGGAUGAAAAGUUUCCCUCCAAUGUUCCAGAGGGGAACCUAGAGAAAACCACUCUCUCACUUGUAGCAUUGAUAGUAUUUAUCGAAGUGAGUGCUGAAUUGUACAAAGCUGGAGUCGCAGACAACAUUGAAGCAUGCAUAUUAUUUGCAGGGGCUGAAUUGAUGUGGUUGUUACUGGAUAGGACCAGGCUAGGGUUUGCCUUGGCUUGCUUUGUAGGCCUUGCUUGCCCAUUUGCUGAGAUUCCUAUAAUGAAGUUGUUUCAUCUCUGGUGUUAUCCCCAAGCAAAUAUUGAAAUCUUUGGCCAGGCGUUCUCAUUUGUGGUUUCUUCCCUUCGCUUAAGCAUCUGUUUUAAAUUCCUCAAGAAUACACUCCAAAAGUUCUUUUCCAUGGUGGGAUCAUUCAUCCUUUGGUGGAUCAAUAGUUGUUUGCUGUUAAACUAAUGCCGCCAUAUCAUUAUUUUGUUGUAGUGACUAUAUGUAUUCUCAUAUGUGUUAUUUUAGGCGUUCUCAUUUGUGGUUUCUUCCCUGCGCUUUAGCAUCUGUUUUAAAUUCCUCAAGAAUACACUCCAAAAGUUCUUUUCCAUGGUGGGAUCAUUCAUCCUUUUGGUGGAUCAAUAGUUGUGGCCAACAACUCCCAAAAAAACUCCACCCUUUGACUUAUACCUCCCAUAAUUUAUUUGAAAAACACAGCAAAAAAUUAUA